CCUGGGGGAGGGAGCGUUUAACCAGGGCCGCCGCCAAGAUGAUGCCCACACCUGUUAUCCUGUUGAAGGAAGGCACGGACACUUCCCAAGGCAUCCCGCAGCUGGUUAGUAACAUCAGCGCUUGCCAAGUGAUUGCGGAAGCCGUGCGGACCACGCUGGGCCCCCGGGGCAUGGACAAACUCAUUGUGGACGACAGAGGCAAAGCGACCAUUUCCAAUGACGGCGCCACCAUCCUGAAGCUUCUCGACGUGGUCCACCCUGCUGCGAAGACGCUGGUGGAUAUUGCCAAGUCCCAGGAUGCAGAGGUCGGGGACGGCACCACGUCGGUGACUCUCCUGGCGGCCGAAUUCUUAAAGCAAAUCAAGCCCUACGUGGAGGAAGGCCUUCACCCCCAGAUCAUCAUCCGGGCUUUCCGCACGGCCACACAACUGGCAGUGGAUAAGAUCAGGAAGAUUGCCGUCACAAUCAAGAAGACAGACCAGGGAGAGCUGAUGGGCCUGCUGGAGAAGUGCGCCAGCACCGCUUUGAGCUCCAAGCUGAUUUCCCAGCAAAAGGAGUUCUUCGCCAAGAUGGUGGUGGACGCGGUCAUGAUGCUGGACGAGCUGCUGCAGAUCAAAAUGAUCGGCAUCAAGAAGGUGCAAGGCGGAGCGUUGGAGGAUUCCCAGCUGGUGGCUGGAGUGGCCUUCAAGAAAACCUUCUCCUACGCCGGGUUCGAGAUGCAGCCCAAGAAGUACGAGUCGCCCAAGAUCGCCCUGCUGAACAUUGAGUUGGAGCUGAAAGCCGAGAAGGACAACGCGGAAAUCCGAGUCCAGAAUGUGGCGGACUACCAGGCCAUCGUGGACGCCGAGUGGAACAUUUUAUAUGACAAGCUGGAUAAGCUCCACAAAUCCGGGGCCAAAGUGAUCCUGUCCAAACUGCCCAUCGGAGACGUGGCUACUCAGUACUUCGCAGACCGGGACAUGUUCUGCGCUGGCCGGGUCCCCGAAGAGGAUCUGAAGAGGACCAUGAUGGCCUGCGGAGGAUCCAUCCAGUCCAGCGCAAACGCCCUCACGGACGACGUCCUUGGACGCUGCGCGCUCUUUGAGGAGGCCCAGAUUGGAGGGGAGAGGUAUAACUUCUUCACAGGUUGCCCCAAGGCCAAAACCUGCACCAUCAUCCUGCGAGGCGGGGCGGAACAGAUCAUGGAAGAGACGGAGCGCUCCCUCCACGACGCCAUCAUGAUCGUCCGGAGGGCGAUCAAGCACGACUCCGUCGUGGCCGGCGGGGGAGCGAUAGAAAUGGAAAUCUCCAAAUACCUCCGAGAUUAUUCCAGGACCAUCCCGGGAAAGCAGCAGCUGCUGAUCGGGGCCUACGCCAAAGCCCUGGAGAUUAUCCCACGGCAGCUUUGCGACAACGCCGGCUUCGACGCCACCAACAUCCUCAACCAGCUCCGAGCCAAGCACGCCCAGGGAGGCACCUGGUACGGCGUGGACGUGAACAACGAAGACAUCGCCGACAACUUUGCGGGCUGCGUGUGGGAGCCGGCCAUCGUGCGCAUCAACGCCCUGACAGCCGCCUCCGAGGCCGCCUGCCUCAUCGUCUCUGUGGACGAAACCAUCAAGAACCCCCGGUCCACCAUGGACGCCCCUCCCGUCGGCCGCGGGCGAGGGCGAGGCCGGCCACACAACCACUGAAGGCCGGGCUUUGUGUCACGGGCGGGAGAUGCCGGGGCAGGCGACAACCGGGCCUUCCCCACUCGCCCGGUUUUGGUCCGGUUUUCCCACGUGGGUUAGCGGAGCCGGCUUCCACGUUCGCACAGCCGAGAGUUACUCUUAAUCCGGGGAGGUAAUUUGCUCCCUUGAAAUUCCAGGGAGAAUUUCCUCGGCAUGUCGAAAUCCAGGCCCCCGCCUUCCUCUCCCAGUUCCUAAGAGCCCC